GCUACACCUGUCGACAUAGCGAGACCCUCUCAGCAUUAGUCAUAUUCAAAAUGGCGGACAUUGACGCAGCGCAAACACUGAUCGCAAAUGCUAAUUAAUCCGGAAAAUCAACAAAUAGCGAAGAAACGCAAGUCGAAUUUUACAGCAAGUGAGAAAACAUAUCUGGCAGACCUCGUCAAGGAUAAUUUCCACGUACUUACCAGUAUGUAAUUUAUACGUACCAGUACGCAUUUACCAGUAACUUAACUGCAAAAAUGAAGAGCGAGAAAUGGGAGGAGAUCGCCGGAAAUUAAAUGCCAUAGGUACGGGAAGCAGCAGAACAGUAGGCCUAGCGGAGUUAAAAACUCUCUGGAAAAACCUUCAGAUGAAGGCAAAGAAAGCAAAUGGCUUCCAAAAACGAGAGGCAGUAAAGACAGGAGGCGUACCAUCACCCCCUCCAUUAGAUGAAACGACCAAUAUCAUCAUUGGCUUCAUGAAUGACAAACCGUCAUUCAGCGGCAUUCCCGGAGGCAUAGAAACAGGCCCCGCCAGCGAUACAAGGGUGUCAAUGUGGGGAACACACGUCAAGGUCACAUUUAAUGACGAGGAGUUAAGGCAGAGGUACCGCUUCGGGAAGAAAGGAAUAGCAUUUCUUUAUGAUACAGUGAAAGACGAUUUGCAGAGGCCGACGAAACAUUCAUGCGCGAUUCCGGCGAUUGUACAAGUUCUGAUAGCUAUACGUCUCGAACGAAAUUGGGGAUACUUUCGGAGUUUCAAAAGCGACCGUAUCGAGAGAUCACGGAUGUAACGGAAUCUCUAAACGGCAAAAGAUCUAUAAGACAUAAGAUAAGAGAACAAUGAAUUUAAUAUGUUUAUAUUCUAAAUCUCAUUUUAUUAUUAUUGAAUAAGUUAAUUAAAUUAUGUGUUGUUUAUAAAUAAUGUAUUUUCUUUUUAGUGUGAAUUUCGUGACAACAUAUACUGUCAUAGGCUGACAUUUAUUUCAGAAAUAUGUCUGGACGAUAUGCUCCCUGAAUGUAUUGCCAUUAUCUGGGCCAUCAUAUACGUCAUCACCAUCAACGUUAUUAUCACAAUCAUUGGCUUCGGUGGUUAACGGUUCAUCUAACGAAAUCGCAAUAUUGUGCAAAAUUGCACAAGCAACAAACAUCUUGCAAGCCUUCGACGGUUCUAGUCUCAUUUCACCAUGAAAGAGGUGAAAUCUUCUUUUUUAAAUGCCGAACGCACGUUCAACAGAGCAUCUGGUGCGUUUAUGCGCAAUAUUGUAUCUAAAAAAUAAAAAAACC